ACACUCCAUACCACCACCUAAGCUACAAGCAACAAGAGAAAUUAAGGGGGGAAAAUGAGGCAUCAUUCUUUUGUAUUGGUUUUGAACGUUGUUUCUAUCUUGAUCUUGUUUUUGUUGCUCUCGAGUUCGUUGCAUGUUGAGAGCUUGAGACAUCUGAAAGAUCAUGAAUCUUCUUCUUCUUCGUCGUUGAUAAAGGGCAUCAAUUUAAGCAAAGCGUAUUCAGGGCCAAGCCACAGCGGUCGCGGCCACUAAGGAAGGAAAGGCUAUUGGCUGGCCUGCGGAAUAGCAAGCCAUGUUCUUGUGCUGAAGGAAGUAAUUAAAAUGCUAUGUAUUCAGGUUUUGAAGUGUUUCUUUUUCAUUUGAUAUACAAUAUAUUCUUUGUUCUGUUUAUCCAAUUGAUGUUAUUUGGUUCUUCUUACAGAUCGUUGUAACAAUGAAAGUAUAACUUAAAUAAAUUAUUUCUUUGGAU